UCGUUCCGCGACGUCGUCGCAUCGGAGAGGCAGAACCUCUUCAUCAAGAAGCUGCAGCUCUGCUCAUACACCUUCGAUUUCACAGAUGCUACUGCUAAUGUCAGGGAGAAGGAGAUCAAACGGCAGACUUUGUUAGAGUUGGUGGACUACGUCAACCAGGGGCAGGGUAAGUUUACGGAGGCAGUGUUCGAGGACAUUUCGUACAUGCUGGCGCAGAACCUCUUUCGAGGUCUGCCGCCUUCGAAUCACGAGAUCACAGGAAGCGCUGCGGGAGACAACUUUGACCCUGAGGAGGAGGAACCAACGCUGGAGCCUUCCUGGCCGCACCUCCAAAUAGUUUACGAGUUCCUGUUGCGCUAUGUCGUGUCAAACGAGGUCGACGCGAAGGUGGGGAAAAAAUAUAUCGACAAUACUUUCGUGCUGAAGCUCCUGGAACUCUUCGACUCGGAGGAUCCCCGAGAGCGGGACUAUCUCAAAACAAUCUUGCAUCGCAUCUAUGGGAAGUUCAUGGUACACCGGCCGUUCAUUCGAAAAGCCAUCAACAACAUCUUUUUCCGAUUCAUCUAUGAGACUGAGAGACAUAAUGGUAUCGCGGAGCUUCUUGAGAUCCUCGGCAGCAUCAUCAAUGGUUUUGCCCUGCCCUUGAAGGAAGAGCAUAAGAUUUUCCUGCAGCGCGCUCUCUUGCCACUGCACAAGCCCAAGUGUGUUGCCAUGUACCACCAGCAGCUCUCAUAUUGCAUCACUCAGUUUGUUGAGAAGGACCCGAGACUUGCCGACACUGUGCUUCGCGGUCUUCUGAAGUACUGGCCAGUCACAAAUAGCCAGAAGGAGGUGUUGUUCCUUGGUGAGCUUGAGGAAGUGCUGGAGCUGACGCAGGCGGCGGAGUUUGUGAAGACAAUGCUUCCCUUGUUCCGCCAGAUCUCGGCGUGCAUCAAUUCUUCGCACUUUCAAGUUGCGGAACGUGCGUUGUUUUUGUGGAAUAACGACUACAUAGUCAAUCUUGUGGCUCAGAACAGGCAUGUUCUGCUUCCUGUGUGUUUUGGUGCUUUUGAGAGGAACGCUCGUUCCCACUGGAACGCAGCGGUGGGAGGUCUGACGGUCAAUGUGCGGAAGAUGCUGAUGGAGAUGGAUCAGCAGCUCUACGAGGAGUGCCAAAGAAACUGGGAGGAGGAGGAACUCCGAUCACAAGAGACGGAGGAAAACCGCAAGCAACGUUGGAAGCAAGUUGAAGCUUUGGCAGCCAAAAGCAUAGCUAGCUAG